AUGCUUUUUGCAACCAUUUUAGUUUUUAUUUCUUUUAUAGCUUACAAAAUUUAUCAAACCUUUAGAGUACCCGAAGGACUCAAAGAUGUACCUACAUUAAGUUGCUUGAAACUUUUUAAAUCUAUGCUCUCUAUUGAAGGUCCUGAUAAACGUUGGGAAGAUACACGAAAAAUUCUUGAGAAAGAUGGAAUUGGAAAAUUUUGGUUCAAUGGAGAAUGGUAUGUCGUUACUACCGAUUUGGAACUUACAAAAGAUGUAAUUGCAAAAACAGAUUUGUAUCCUAAAUCAUCGCUCGAAGAAUCGAAUCCCGGAUCUUUAAUGGCUAGUUACUACGGUACAAACGUAGUAUUUUCCAACGGAGAUGUUUGGAAACGUCAUCGUUAUAAUACAAAUUCUGCGUUUAAAAAUCUACCCAUGCACUUAUUUGAUGAAACCGCUUUGAAAUUUCUGAAGGUCAUCGAAAAAAUUGAUAAUGGACCCAUAGAGGUAAAAGGUCUUAUGGAUAGAUUGACUUUAGACGUACUUGGAAAAGUUGCUUUCGGAUUUGAUUUUAAUAAUCUUGAAGAUCCAACAAAUGUUUAUGUUGCUACAUAUCAAGAAGUGACAGAAGAAUGUAAUAAACCAAUAUAUUUUAUUUGCCCAUUCAUUGAAUACAUCCCGUAUUUUUAUCGAACUGAAGCACGUAAAAAAAUUGCAAAGAUUAAUGAUUUUUAUAAUGGACUUAUUGAAAAGAAACGUAAAUCAAUGGAAACGGAUGAAUGGAGUAAAAAAAUAGACAAUAAUUCAGCUGAUUUAUUAGAAUGCAUGAUAAACGCUUCUAACAAUCCAAAAUAUCCCAUGUCAGACGAAGAAAUACGACAUAAUCUUGCAAUACUUAUGUUAGCUGGACAUGAGACUACUGCAACUGCUUUGACAACCAUAUUAUAUGUCUUAGCAACCCACAAGGAUGUGCAAAGCAAAGUUUAUGAGGAAUUAUUAUGCGUUCUAGGCGAUAAUUUAACCCCAACCAUCGAACAACAAAGAGAAUUAAAAUAUAUGAACAUGGUUUUAAAUGAAAACUUAAGAUUUUAUCCUCCAGUUUAUCAAUUACCACGAAGAGAAAAUGCAGAGAUUAUUAAAUUUCGAAACCAUACAUUAUUGCCAAAAACACCCAUAUUAAUAAAUAUUUAUGGAAUUCAUCAUUCAUCAAAAUAUUGGAAAAAUCCUGAAGAGUUUAUUCCAGAAAGAUUUGAGAAUGAACAUGAUGAAAAACGUGAUCAACAUACUUGGUUACCUUUUGGUGGUGGUUCAAGAAUAUGUUUAGGUAACAACUUUUCACUUAUUGAACAAAGAUUGAUGUUGUGUACUUUAUUGAAGAAAUAUGAGGUGUCUUUACCAGCAGAUAGUAUUCAUAAAGAUAAACUACAUCUUUAUUUAUUUAAUG